AUUUCGUGUCGAUUCGGAGGAUCCACAUCAGUCUUCUAGAUCAGACAAGCCACGCACACCUCCAACAAAAAUGAAAACCAUCAUUGUUUUUGUCGCCGUCGUCGCCGCCGUUAUGGCAGCCCCAGCAACCGUAACAGGUCCCACCCUGGUUCGUCAACAAGAUCAAGAGAUCGUGCUCCUUAAAGAGAGUCCUUCCGAUAACGUAGGCCUAGGCAAUUACAACUAUGGCUACGAGCUUUCCGACGGACAAUCUAAACAAGAAUCCGCGGAGCUUGUCCCGUCUGGUGGUACCGAGGGUCCUUUCCUCAAGGUUCACGGCAGCUUCUCGUUCGUCGACCCAAUUACCAACGUUGCGUACACGGUGAACUACAUCGCUGACGAAAAUGGUUUCCACCCCGAAGGCGCACAUCUUCCCCACGCUUAAACUUCACAACCCUUCGACGAAUAAGAGAUCAACAAUUGCCACGAUACACUGGA